AUAGAUAGACCUCUCGCAACCAUGACUUCAGCGGAAAUGACAUCUUCCUGGUCGCCAUCCAUGAGUUGGGUCACGCACUGGGGUUAGAGCACUCGAACGACCCUUCCGCCAUCAUGGCUCCUUUCUAUCAAUGGAUGGACACGGAGAACUUCAAACUGCCCGAAGAUGACUGGCGGGGGAUACAACAGCUCUAUGGAUCUGAAGGUAGCCAUCCCACCAAACCUCCCCUGAUCCCUCGGACUACUCCAAAACCUCGAAACCCUCACGGGCCACCCAAGAACCCGACUUAUGGCCCCAACAUCUGUGACGGACGGUUUGACACCAUUGCGGUACUCCGGGGCGAGAUGUUUGUCUUUAAGGAUAAAUGGUUUUGGCGAGUACGUAACAACCGUGUGAUAGACGGAUGUCCCCUCCCGAUCGGUCAAUUCUGGGUUGGUCUUCCUGCCUCAAUCAACACAGCCUACGAGAGGAAAGAUGGGAAAUUUGUCUUUUUCAAAGGAGACAAACAUUGGGUUUUCAACGAAGCCAACUUGGAGCCAGGAUACCCGAAACAUAUCAAGGAGUUAGGAAGGAGGCUCCCCACGGAUCGCAUCGACACUGCUCUUUUCUGGAUGCCAAGUGGGAAAACGUACUUUUUCCGGGGAAAUAAGUAUUAUCGCUUCAAUGAGGAGACCCGAUCCGUCAACACGGAUUACCCUAAAAACAUUGAUGUUUGGGGGGGAAUUCCCGACUCACCCCAGGGUGCAUUUAUGGGCAGUGACGAAGCCUUCACCUACUUCUACAAGGGCAACCGUUACUGGAAGUUUAACAAUGAGAAACUCAAGGUCGAAGCGGGGUACCCCAAGUCGGUGCUGCGAGACUGGAUGGGAUGUGCCACCGAUAACCGUCGCGAGGGAGAAGAAGUCAUCAUCAUUGAGGUGGACAAUGCUGAGGAAGGCAGGCUGAACGCCACCACGGUGGUGAUCCCCGUCCUGCUGCUCCUCACCAUCUGCGCUGUGGGAGUCGCCAUUCUGAUCUUCAAGCGUUACGGCACACCCAAACGGUUGCUGUAUUGCCAGCGGUCUCUGCUGGACAAGGUGUGACCGGCCUUUGGAGAUGUUUCAGGAGGACAGGUCUCACCUGCUUUCCACCUUGUCUACCUGCCUGUCAGAAUUUGGGUCCGAUCUCUUUGUUGCCACCUUUUGAGUCAUCUUUUUCCUGGUCCUCCCUGCUUCUUCGUCCUGU